AUGACUUACACUUCUCAGGUCCUUCGUCACUCUAAAAAGGUCAGAAACGCUACCAACUUAGUACGGCAUGAUUAUUUGGUCCUGGUUCGCUGCUUUAGUAGCGGUCCUAGUUUACCUGCUAAUAGAGCAAAUGAUCUCUUCAAGCUUCGCAAAGCUGGUUUUGCAUCUUCCGCUGACUGUUGCGAAUCAGUAAUUCCUUCCAUGAUAUCAGUGGUGCAAAAACAACAAGGCAUUUCUAUGAGGACAGGAAGCAAGAUAAAUGCUCCUACUGCUGGCAUGCUGUUCAGCCAUAAACCAUCAUGGUCUGAGAUUCAAUAUGGCAGGAGUUUUUGUACAAACUCAGGCCUUCCUCCUCAUCAGGAAAUUGGGAUGCCAUCUCUCUCACCCACAAUGACAGAGGGAAAUAUUGCUAGAUGGUUAAAGAAAGAGGGUGACAAAAUCUCUCCUGGUGAAGUCCUCUGCGAAGUUGAAACGGAUAAGGCCACCGUCGAGAUGGAAUGCAUGGAGGAGGGAUACCUGGCUAAAAUUGUACGAGGGGAUGGGACAAGUGGAAUAAAAGUUGGCGAGGUGAUUGCAAUAACAGUAGAAGAGGAGGAAGAUAUAACAAAGUUCAAAGACUACGCGCCUUCUGCAUCAGAUUCUGCCGCUCCAGCUGAGAAGCCCCCUACCCCGCCAUCUCCACCAAAAGAAGAGGUUACAAGAGAACCUGUCACUUCAACAGAGCCAAAAGUUUCAAAGCCUAGCUCAACUCCUGCGGAAGGUCGUAUUUUCGCGAGUCCUCUCGCUAGGAAAAUUGCAGAAGAGAAUAAGGUGCCUCUUUCAAGCAUAAAAGGAACUGGUCCUGAUGGUGUGAUUGUGAAGGCUGACGUUGAAGAAUAUUUGGCUUCUCGUGGGAAGGAAGCACCCGCUUCCAAGGUUUCUACAGGAGUGGCAGCAGGGUUGGACUAUAUUGAUAUCCCUCACACUCAAAUUAGAAAGGUGACUGCUUCACGGUUGUUACUCUCGAAGCAAACAAUUCCUCAUUACUAUCUCACUGUAGAUACAUGUGUGGACAAACUGAUGGAUUUGCGCACCAAGCUCAACUCACUGCAAGAAGCUUCAGGUGGGAAGAGAAUAUCUGUGAAUGAUCUCGUAAUUAAGGCUGCUGCUUUGGCUCUUAAGAAGGUUCCCCAAUGCAACAGCUCAUGGACAAAUGACUACAUUCGCCAGUAUCACAAUGUGAAUAUCAAUGUUGCAGUGCAGACAGAGAAUGGAUUAUAUGUUCCUGUUAUCAGAGAUGCUGACAAGAAAGGGUUGUCAAGGAUUUCGGAUGAAGUUAAACAGUUGGCCCAGAAAGCAAAAGAAAACAGUCUAAAACCCGAAGAUUAUGAGGGAGGCACAUUUACAGUUUCAAAUUUGGGGGGUCCAUUUGGAAUUAAGCAGUUUUGUGCCAUUAUCAAUCCUCCUCAGUCUGGCAUCUUAGCAGUAGGGUCUGCUGAGAAGAGAGUUGUGCCCGGUUUAGGCCCUGAUCAGUACAACUUUGCAUCCUUUAUGUCUGUGACAUUAAGUUGUGAUCAUAGAGUUAUUGACGGUGCAAUUGGAGCAGAAUGGCUGAAAGCAUUCAAAGGAUACAUUGAAAAUCCUGAAUCUAUGUUGCUCUAA